ACUCUAUAAACGCAUAGAAUGUAGAAGUGAGGCCACAAAACAAAGAGUGUUUGAGAGCGAUUCUCUUCUUCCUUUUGCUGCCUUCUGCAAUUGCGUUAAAUAAUCUUCCUUCCCUCUCUCUUAUAUCCCACUUCUCUGAAUCCCUCUCUUCUAUCAUCUGUUCUUUCUAGCUGUUUUUUAUUUUUUUUGGGGUUUUGUUUUGUUGGGUUUUGACUGAAAGAAAAACUAUCUGUGAAAACAAAUCAGACCCAGAAGGGUAUUUUUGAAAGCCAGAUUAUUCAGAAUAGAGAUCCAGGUUUGUCUUGCAUUUUGCUUUGAUAAAAACUGUAGCUUUCCUCCAAUCAACUUAAGAGGGUUUGUUUUUCUAUCCCUCCGUUUUGUUUUGGAGAGAAUCAGGUUCAUUUUCUAGAGCCUCGGGUUUCCUUAUAUUUUAAGUGGUGUGAUUUUCCUCUAGUUUGAUUUUCCUGAGAAGAGAUGGCAGCAGCUAUAGACAUUUACAGCGGCAGCUCAACACCAAAUUUCUCAGAACCUUCAGGAGAAGAGCUAAUGAAAGCACUACUACCUUUUAUGAACAGUGAUUCACCAAGCUCUUCCUUAACCACUUCCUCUUCUUCUUGUUCUCCACCCAGUCCCUCUACUUCUCUUUCUCGGCCUUCUUCUUCUUUCACAUCUUACCCCGCUUCUUCUUUCUCUACCAUCUCUACUUCUCAAGGGUUCUCGAGCCAUAACCAACUCGGUCUUGGGCAAACAAGCUCAAUAGGGCUCAAUCACCUCUCCCCCUUGCAGAUUCUUCAAAUCCAAGCCCAAAUUCAACAGCAACAGCGACAGCAACAAAUCGCUGCCCUGGCUUCAACUAUGCUCCAAAACCAGAGGCUGAGCCAAUGGCAGAACCAAAAUCCACACGCUCAAGAGUUCCUCUGCCCUAAAGCUAUACCUAUGAAACGUGUUGGCACCCCUCAAAAGCCCGCAAAACUCUACCGAGGAGUAAGACAGAGACAUUGGGGCAAAUGGGUCGCCGAGAUCAGACUCCCCAAGAACCGAACCCGCCUCUGGCUCGGCACCUUCGAUACAGCCGAGGAGGCUGCUUUGGCAUACGAUGAGGCCGCCUUUAAACUCAGGGGAGAGUUUUCCAGGCUCAAUUUCCCUCAUCUCAAGCACCAAGGAGCUCAUCUCUCAGGAGAAUUCGGUGACUACAAGCCGCUCCAUUCCUCAGUAGACGCCAAGUUACAAGCAAUUUGUCAGAGCUUGGCGUCUUCGCAAAAACAGGGGAAAAUGGAGGAGCCCUGUUCUGUUCCGGACGUAAAGCCAGCCAUUUCAGCUCCUCUGGGUGCAAAUUCGGAGGAAUGUAAGCUUGAUAAUUGGUCACUAUCGCCGGCUUUGUCGGAUGAAUCAUCGUCCUUCAUGGGAUCUUCUUCACCAGAGUCCGAUAUUACAUUCCUAGAUUUCUCAGACUCGCAGGAUGAGACACAGAAUUUCUCUCUGGAGAAGUUUCCUUCAGUGGAGAUUGACUGGGCAGCUAUUUAAGUCCGAUCCAAAAUUAAACUCUUUUCUAAGUUUGUAAUGGGUAUCUGUUUCUCUUUGUAAUCCUAGGUUUAGGUCGGCGUCUCCAUGUGCUUCUGCAAUGAAAUUUUUACUGUUGCAGAGGUAUUGUUCAGUUUAAUUAGGAGUCAGUACUUGUAUUUUCAGGUGUCUCCUUCUUGGUCCUGCUGGUAUUUUUUUUCCAGUCACGGCCAUCAGGAAUACCAAGAUUAUGUCUUGGUUGUAAUAUCUAGUUGGGGUGUAAUUAAAGUUUGUCUUGUGAUAUUUUUAUAA